CGUCGCCGCCGCCGCGGUCGCCGCUGCCGCCGCCGCCGCCGCCGCCGCCGCCGCCCGAACCCGCGCCGAGCGUGCGCCUCGCCCUCCUCCCGCGCCCGCUCUGCUCUAGGAUGCUGCGGCAGGUUCUGCACAGGGGCUUGAGGACGUGUUUCUCCCGGCUCGGCCACUUCAUUGCCAGUCACCCUGUCUUCUUCGCCUCGGCGCCGGUGCUCAUCUCCAUCCUGCUCGGCGCCAGCUUCAGCCGCUACCAGGUCGAGGAGAGCGUGGAGCACCUGCUGGCGCCCCAGCACAGCCUGGCCAAGAUCGAGCGCAACCUCGUUAACAGCCUCUUCCCGGUCAACCGCUCCAAGCACCGUCUCUACUCGGACCUGCAGACCCCCGGGCGCUACGGCCGGGUCAUCGUCACCUCCUUCCAGAAAGCCAACAUGCUGGACCAGCAUCACACCGACCUGAUCUUAAAGUUGCAUGCUGCUGUCACCAAGAUCCAGGUUCCAAGGCCUGGUUUUAAUUACACGUUUGCCCAUAUAUGUAUCCUGAAUAAUGAUAAGACUUGCAUCGUGGAUGACAUAGUGCACGUCCUGGAAGAGCUAAAGAACGCUCGGGCCACCAAUCGGACCAAUUUUGCUAUCACAUACCCAAUCACUCACUUAAAGGACGGGAGGGCUGUGUACAAUGGGCACCAGCUUGGGGGCGUCACUGUGCACAGCAAAGACCGGGUGAAAUCUGCAGAGGCCAUCCAGCUCACCUACUACCUGCAGUCAAUCAACAGUCUAAAUGACAUGGUGGCCGAGAGGUGGGAGUCCAGCUUCUGCGACACUGUCAGACUGUUUCAGAAAUCCAACAGCAAAGUCAAAAUGUACCCUUACACGUCCUCCUCACUGAGGGAAGAUUUCCAGAAGACCAGCCGCGUAUCAGAACGUUACCUGGUCACCAGCCUGAUCCUGGUAGUUACCAUGGCCAUCCUUUGCUGCUCUAUGCAGGACUGCGUCCGCAGCAAACCCUGGCUAGGCCUGCUCGGAUUAGUGACCAUAAGCCUGGCCACUCUCACUGCAGCUGGGAUCAUCAAUCUUACUGGUGGGAAAUAUAAUUCCACCUUCCUGGGAGUCCCUUUCAUCAUGCUAGGUCAUGGAUUAUAUGGGACUUUUGAAAUGUUAUCCUCCUGGAGGAAAACUAGAGAAGACCAACAUGUUAAAGAGAGAACUGCAGCAGUCUAUGCAGACUCCAUGCUCUCCUUUUCUCUCACCACUGCCAUGUACCUGGUCACCUUUGGCAUAGGGGCCAGCCCUUUCACAAACAUUGAGGCAGCCAGGAUUUUCUGCUGCAAUUCCUGUAUUGCAAUCUUCUUCAACUACCUCUAUGUACUCUCGUUUUAUGGUUCCAGCCUAGUGUUCACUGGCUACAUAGAAAACAAUUACCAGCAUAGUAUCUUCUGUAGAAAAGUCCCAAAGCCUGAGGCAUUGCAGGAGAAGCCGGCAUGGUACAGGUUUCUCCUGACAGCCAGAUUCAGUGAGGACACAACCGAAGGCGAGGAAGCAAACACUUACGAGAGUCACCUAUUGGUAUGUUUCCUCAAACGCUAUUACUGUGACUGGAUAACCAACACCUAUGUCAAGCCUUUUGUAGUUCUCUUUUACCUUAUUUAUAUUUCCUUUGCCUUAAUGGGCUAUCUGCAGGUCAGUGAAGGGUCAGACCUUAGUAACAUCGUAGCAACCGCGACACAAACCAUUGAGUACACUACUGCCCAGCAAAAGUACUUUAGCAACUACAGUCCUGUGAUUGGGUUUUACAUAUAUGAGUCUAUAGAAUACUGGAACACUAGUGUCCAAGAAGAUGUUCUAGAAUACACCAAGGGGUUUGUGCGGAUAUCCUGGUUUGAGAGCUAUUUAAAUUACCUUCGGAAACUCAAUGUAUCCACUGGCUUGCCUAAGAAAAAUUUCACAGACAUGUUGAGGAAUUCCUUUCUGAAAGCCCCUCAAUUUUCACAUUUUCAAGAGGACAUCAUCUUCUCUAAAAAAUACAAUGAUGAGGUCGAUGUAGUGGCCUCCAGAAUGUUUCUGGUGGCCAAGACCAUGGAAACAAACAGAGAAGAACUCUAUGAUCUCUUGGAAACCCUGAGGAGACUUUCUGUCACCUCCAAGGUGAAGUUCAUCGUCUUCAAUCCGUCCUUUGUGUACAUGGAUCGAUAUGCCUCCUCUCUGGGAGCCCCCCUGCACAACUCCUGCAUCAGUGCUUUGUUCCUGCUCUUCUUCUCGGCAUUCCUGGUGGCAGAUUCACUGAUUAACGUCUGGAUCACUCUAACAGUUGUGUCCGUGGAGUUUGGAGUGAUAGGUUUCAUGACAUUAUGGAAAGUAGAACUGGACUGCAUUUCUGUGCUAUGCUUAAUUUAUGGAAUUAAUUACACAAUUGACAAUUGUGCUCCACUGUUAUCCACAUUUGUUCUGGGCAAGGAUUUCACAAGAACUAAAUGGGUAAAAAAUGCCCUGGAAGUGCAUGGGGUAGCUAUUUUACAGAGUUACCUCUGCUAUAUUGUUGGUCUGAUUCCUCUUGCAGCUGUGCCUUCAAAUCUGACCUGUACACUGUUCAGGUGCUUGUUUUUAAUAGCAUUUGUCACCUUCUUUCACUGCUUUGCCAUUUUACCUGUGAUACUGACUUUCCUGCCACCCUCUAAGAAAAAAAGGAAAGAGAAGAAAAAUCCUGAGAACCGGGAGGAAAUUGAGUGUGUAGAAAUGGUGGAUAUCGAUAGUACCCGUGUGGUUGACCAAAUUACAACAGUGUGAUAAUGUCUGCUUGGUAUAUUUUCACCUUAGGUCUUAUCAAGACCAAAGAGAUUAUGUUAAUGAAACAAUUAAAUUCAAAGUUGUUCCCUUUUUUAAAGAUAGGAAACAGGCAUUGCCAAAAAAAAAAAAAAAAGUAAGAGAUAAUGGGGAGAAAUGGGCAUGGCAUAUUUUCAGUCUUUAAAACAAAAGAGUUGUUAUGAGAAUUCACACACACACACCCUAGGAGACCUAUAGUCUCUUAAACUAAGAUCAAAUAGAAGAAAGCUUAUUAACAAGCAGGAUCCUGUCUUAUCCAAACUGCAGAUGUUGCUGGCAUUGUGACAAAACCCACUGAUAGAAAGGUCAACUGCCAAGGCAGAAACAGCUUUUAAGCAUUGUUCAAACAAUAAGGCUUCCAGAACUUCUGUAGAGCAGUAGCUCCAGCCAUGGUCUGUGGUUUGAGGUUUUAGCUGUCUCACCUAGCUCCCUAACACCAAAGGAGAUGCUCUGAAAGUUCUGACCAGCAAAAGCAAGCCAGAGCCUUGGAAACUGAUACGUGGUAGAGUGGCCAUCACUCAUGGACUAAAAUUGUUUCACCUCUAAAUUCACCCAGGUGAAGCAGUUUUGUUGUCUAGAAUGAAAUUAUCAUAUUCCCCCAUUGGUAUGCUUUUAACAUUUGUAUAGUUUGGUUUGGUUAAAACACCUUAAAACCAAUGACAGCUCCAGCACUGCAGAACUGGUGUGAUUCUAUUUUGGAAGAGCUUGUCACUUGUCACCAAAUGGGUCUGCUUUAUUAGUUACAGCUCUUGGCAGGAGGAUCCAGGGACCCAAAACCACAGAGCCAAACCCAAAUACCUGGCAUGAUGGAGCAAAAGCAGGUGUCUACUUGGACCCAGAUAUAGUGUCUCCAUUUUAACAACGACAACAAAAUAGCCAGCUGGUACAGCUGUUUGUGGUUGGCCCUACAUGCAUUUUUUGCAUGGAUACCCAGAAACAUCUGCCCACGCAUAACUGAGGGAAAAAAACGAACACUGAAAUAGUAAUUUGCUGUUGCUUCCAACUUGUAGUGCCAGUCUGCCUUUGCUAUGAAACACACCUGCUCAGAGACAGAGAGGAAGAUCUUUAGUAAGUCUAAGUCCUGACACUGAGAAGCUUUGUAGAAGUGCAGGGAGAUAAAGGGCCAAAAGGGAGACAGAUGGAAAAGACUGGACAAAGUAUUCACUAAUACAAAUCUAUCAAUGAUGGCAGUCCAAUUCUCUUACUAAACUGGCUGCACCUCACCUUGCUGGUUCCCCCUACACCUUUUUUGAUGUCCUUCUACUUCAUCAUAGCAAGGCCCUUCUGUGUAUUAACAAGCCUAGAUAUUUACACUCCUGACUUCCAGUAUCUACAGAAGAAUGGUUCAUAGAUCCAAACAGAAAUGAGUUAGAUCUAAAAAGGCUGUAUACGUUGUCCAGGCCCCUGCAUUUCUUUAAAUUUAUAAAAAUGAAGCUAAAACCUGGUUACAUUUAUAGCAAAUAUCUACAGUAUUUUUCCCUUUUGGAGAUGUAGCUUAUUUAGACAUCUAUAGUGGUAAGCAUUUCCCAAAAGCAUCUUACCUUUCUGAACCUUAGCAGACAUGCUGUGCAAGUUACCCAUCUUCUGCAGAGGAGGAAACUGAGACCUAGGAGAAUAAAGUGACUCACUCAGGUCACACCACUAAAGGAUUUUCAUCAUUUCAGCAUACCUAAGACAGGGCAGGCCAAUUUU